GCGGGAACCAACCGAAGUUACAGAAUUUAGAGAACUUCGGAAGCACGCUUCACGCCAAACAGAAAAGACAAUUCUCGUGCCCACGAGCUACAAGAUGUCCAAGUCACGUCGUAGUCUCACAGGUGCACUGGGCAAGCGCUCAACUUUGAUGGCUACCUCCAGCUCCAGCGCAACCGCCAGCGAACUUUCCGUCGUUCCGGAGUCCUCCUUCGUGUCCACGUCCGCUCAUUCAAUAAUACCGGUCUCGUCUGCUCCAGUACCCCAGGCAUACUCGUAUUCGCACCAACGCAGCCCGUCGCCCCCAGCGUCGAGCUAUUUCCCAUCUGUAUCCGCCACACACAGUGGUGAACCACUGCCCACUCCAGGCGCUUCUACCCACUUUGCAUAUAGCACAACCCUAAGAAGACAUCAUCUUGAAGGCCCCACUCUUCAAUUAUCUACGAAUUUCAGCGACAUUACUUCCAGCGUCACGACAGAGGGAUUACCAUCGCUCUGGCAGAAGGCAAAGGGUGUCAUUGCACGCCAACUCACAGAUGGCACUACAGAAAACCGUUAUGAAUUGGUCAACCAGCCCUCAAGACUUCGGGAAGAUCGAGACAGGAGGGAAACACCUUCCGCGCGUUUUGCUCAGUGGACAGUUGAAGACACUCUGGCACACCUCAAAACAUCCCCAGUCUCCGGUCUUCCUAGUUCAUCGAUUUUAGCGCUGCAGGGUGUCCAUGGAUAUAAUGAAUUUUCCGUAUCUAUGCCUGAGCCAGCUCUGCUCAAAUUUGCCAAGACCAUCUACGAGAGCCCAUUGAUCCUGCUCCUGUGCGGCAGCGCUGUAAUUAGCGCGGUCAUGGGUAACAUUGACGAUGCAGUCAGUAUCACGGUAGCAGUACUAAUAGUUUUGACUGUUGGCUUUGUACAAGAACAGCGCUCGGAGAAAAGCCUGGAAGCCCUCAACAAGCUCGUGCCACACCACUGCCAUGUGAUCCGUGAUCAACGUGAUAUACAUAUCCUUGCCAACGAGCUGGUUCCUGGGGAUAUUGUCUCGCUCUCCUCGGGAGACCGUGUUCCCGCCGACAUGCGUAUCAUCAUGGCAGUAGACCUCGAAAUUGAUGAGAGCAGCCUCACUGGUGAGACCAACGCACGUCAAAAGGAUUCCAAUCCUUGUGUCUCUCAAGUUUCUACGCCCACAAUUGUUUCGAGUGACCCAGAGAACGUAGGAGAUAUUGCGCUAGCUGAACGGUCAUGCAUUGGAUACAUGGGAACUUUGGUUCGGAACGGUCGCGGCAUGGGUGUCGUGAUCGCAACUGGUACUCAAACAGAGUUUGGUGUGAUCUUCUCCAUGAUGCAGGAUGUCGAGGAAAAACGUACACCUCUUCAAUUGAGCAUGGAUGAACUAGCCAAGAAAUUAUCGAUUAUUUCAUUCGGGAUUAUUGGAGUUAUCUGCCUUAUCGGCAUGUGGCAGCAGCGGCCCUGGUUAGACAUGUUCACCAUCGGAGUAUCUCUUGCGGUAGCAGCCAUCCCGGAGGGCCUCCCCAUAGUCACGACUGUCACGUUAGCUCUUGGCGUGCUAAGGAUGUCAAAGAGAAAGGCCAUUGUGAAGAAACUUCAUUCCGUCGAAGCCUUGGGCUGUAUUUCUGUCAUCUGUUCUGACAAGACUGGCACCUUGACAAAGAAUGAGCAGACCGUUACAGAGAUAUAUGUCGUCGAUGAGAACAUUCACGUCGAUGAUCCUCAGUCAGCAAUAUCUCCGGCGGUUAGGAAGGUACUGGAGAUCGGCUCUUUGUGCAACAAUUCCUCGAUGUCUAAGGAUCGUGACAGCAAAGUUGUUGGUCAAUCAACCGAUGUAGCGUUGAUAAAUGUUCUGUCGUUAUUCGAUAUGCCAGAUCAACGGCAGUCCUUCACCCGUCUUUCAGAAAAACCUUUCAACUCGGAACAAAAGUACAUGGCCGUCAGCGGCAUCCACUCCUACUCCACAACUCUCUAUUCAGGUUCUCCUUGCGAAAUGUACUACAUCAAGGGAUCCAUUGACGCCAUCUUGGAUCGUUGCAAGUACUACUAUGUUACGGACGGCUCAACACCUGCCUUGGAUACUAGCACGCGUAGCGUUAUACUGAACAACGCCCAAGCAACAGCAUCACGAGGCCUUCGAGUAAUCGCCAUGGCGUAUGGCUAUGGAUCUAUCGAUUCUCCACGUCAGGAUUCUGCACAAUCGCAACACCGCGCCACCCAGUCGAUGCCACAGUCACGGACCCCAGUGCCUGAUGAGGACAAGACCAAUUUGGUUUUUGUUGGGUUCCAGGCCAUGUUUGAUCCCCCGCGCAAGGGAGUUGCGGAUGCUAUCGGCUUGCUCCAGAACGGCGGGGUACAAGUCGUUAUGAUCACCGGAGACGCUGAGCAGACGGCGUUGGCUAUCGCCCAAAAGCUGGGGCUCCGCGUUGGUCCUGCACACGGUCAUGACGGCCAGCUCCGUAAAUAUUGCUUGACUGGAAAGGAUCUUGACCAGAUGAGCAAAUCACAGCUCAUUGAACGGGUAGGCAGCGUGAGCGUAUUCGCGCGGACGACACCACGACAUAAAAUGGCGAUUGUCGAAGCCUUCCAAGCUCGUGGAGCUGUUGUGGCUAUGACUGGGGACGGGGUCAAUGAUGCGCCAGCCUUGAAAAUGGCCGAUAUCGGUGUCUCGAUGGGGAAAAGUGGUACCGACGUCGCGAAAGAAGCUGCUGAUGCUAUCCUCGUGGAUGACAAUUUCAGCACAAUAUUACCUGCUGUCGAGGAGGGCAAGGCUAUCUUUCACAACAUCCAAAACUUUUUAUCAUUUCAGCUCAGCACAGCUGCCGCUGCGUUGACGCUCAUCACACUUAGCACGUUAUUUGGGUUCAGCAACCCCCUCAACGCCAUGCAGAUACUCUUUAUUAAUAUUCUGAUGGAUGGACCUCCAAGUCAAUCGUUAGGCGUCGACCCUGUAGAUCCAGCAGUCAUGCGAAGACCACCACGUAAGAAAAACGAGCCAAUAAUAACGAAACGACUUUUAUACCGCGUCCUUUUCUCGGCGGCUACGAUCGUCUGUGGAACCUCUUUCAUUUAUACCACUGCAUUGGGUGAUGAUCUCGUAUCAAGGCGGGAACAAACUAUGACUUUCACAUGCUUCGUCUUCCUUGACCUCGUGUCAGCAGUGCAGAAUCGCGGUCUCGGAUGUGGGCUGAUACAAAAUAAGAUGCUCGUGACAACCGUAUCGGUAUCAUUUCUCGUCCAGCUGGCACUCGUUUACGUUCCCUUCAUGCAAGCGAUCUUCCAAACAGCUGCUCUUGGCUGGAAGGACCUGUUAACCAUCUUACUCAUAGCUGCAACGUCUUUCGUGCUGCAUGAAGGACGGCGACGAUUCGAGAGGGCGGUCCAGUCAGACGAAACAUAUGCUAACAUCGCGGAAGAGAUGGCAUGAUCUUUAUUCUCUAAUAGAGGGGCUGGGUAUCUAGGCACGAAUAUAUGACUGAAUAGAGCGAUGGAUAACUAUAGGGUCUACAUAGUACUACACAUUAUAACCU